AUGGAGCGUGGCGGGAUCGAGCAGCCACCGGCCGGGGCUCCGCAGAUAGAAACAGAUGACCAUACAGCCCUGGUUAGUAAGCCCAGGAAUAAAGGAAGAAAUGGUGAUCUGGCAUCAGCUGGAUUUAACAUUAUCAACUCCAUCAUAGGAUCAGGUAUUAUAGGACUUCCCUAUUCAAUGAAAGAAGCUGGUUUUCCUUUAGGAGUACUGCUUCUGUUUGGGGUUGCCUAUAUCACAGAUUAUUCCAUUAUAUUACUGAUCAAAGGAGGAAAUCUCUCUAGUACCAACACCUAUCAAGAGCUGGUCAGAAAAACAUAUGGUUUUUUAGGUUAUCUAAUUCUUUCAACUCUUCAGUUUUUAUAUCCAUUUAUUGCUAUGAUUAGUUACAACAUAAUAACUGGAGACACUUUAACUAAAGUGUUCUUGAGAAUUCCUGGAGUUGGAUCAGAAAAUGUGCUUGUUGAUCGUCGCUUCAUAAUUCUUUUUACCACUAUCAUCUUUACCUUGCCUUUAUCUUUGUAUCGUGACAUAGCAAAAUUGGGAAAGGUAUCUCUUGUUUCUCUGCUUUUAACUGUUGUCAUCCUGGUUAUUGUGAUGGUGAGGACAGUAACGCUCAGUCCACAGGUACCCAAAUCAGAAAAUGCGUGGAUAUUUGCAAAAUCAGAUGCAAUACAGGCCAUUGGGGUGAUGUCUUUUGCAUUCAUCUGCCACCAUAACAGCUUUUUAAUAUAUGGCUCUCUGAAAGAACCCACAUUAAACAACUGGUCUCGAAUCACACAUGUGUCUGUUUUACUUGCUGUUGUUAUCAGUGUACUGUUUGCUGCAUGUGGAUACAUGACUUUUACAGGAUACACAGAAGGAGAUAUAUUUGAAAACUACUGUAGAGAUGACAACCUUGCUACGUUUGGAAGGUUUUGUUAUGGAGUUACUGUAAUUCUGACCUUCCCUCUAGAAUGUUUUGUCACUAGAGAGGUGAUUGCCAAUGUAUUUUUCCACGGGGGCCUCUCAACGGUUUUCCAUAUUGUUGUGACAGUAAUGAUCAUUGCUGUGGUGACUGGUGUAUCAUUAGUGUAUGAUUGCCUUGGAAUAGUUUUAGAGCUCAAUGGAGUUCUGAGUGCUACCCCACUUGUUUUUAUCAUCCCAACAGCGUGUUAUCUAAGGCUGUCUGAAGAGCGAUGGAACCAUUCAGAUAAUCUCAUCUCCUGCCUGAUCCUUGCUGUGGGUGUGCUAGUGAUGACAGCUGGGUUUGUUUUGACUAUCUUGCAUCCCCAGGAAUGUAGCCAUGGAAAAGAAAUGUUCUACUGCUUUGCUAGUAAUGUUUCUUCUCACAACAGUACACUUCCCCCAUAG